GGGGACGAGGACAAGAGGACUUGUUUGCUGGUUGGCGGGGGACGGAGCAGAGACGAGGAUCCUGAAAAGCCAGCGGGGACGGAAAUACGGAAGGGCCUCCGGUCCCCACCCCACCCCCUUUGCCAUCCCCACACCCUUCCUGGGAAUCCCUACACCCUUCCUAGGAACAAAUUUUUAUUGACCUAAUCAUCUUUUGGGUCAAGUCAUAGUUAAGUACUUUGCAAUCUAAACACUUAGACUGAGACUUCUUAGCCCUUUCACACUUCUUAACAAGAUUAUUACGACUCUCUCUCUCUCUCUCUCUCUGUAUUAUUAUACAAGAAGAGGAGCUUCUUUUCUCUCCAUUGCGUUGUGUUGCUCACAAUCUCAUCUAUAAGUUUUAAAGGCCCGAAAUUUUUGAGUUUUGUUUCCUAUCCUUGGAGGAGAAGAUCAAAUAAUGAAGCAAAAGAUUGUUAUCAAGGUGCAGAUGAGGUGCGAAAAAUGCCGGGUGAAAGCAAUGUCGGUAGUCGCGUCAAUACAUGGGAUCGAUUCAGUCGCGUUAGAAGGCGAGGAUAGGGAUCACUUGGUAAUGGAAGGAGAUGGUGUAGAUCCAGUUAAGUUGACAAAUAAGUUGAGAAAGAAGGUAGGAAAUGCAGAUAUAGUCAAAAUAGAGGAGAUUAAGAAGGAUGAUAAGAAGAAAAAUGAAUCAAAGGGUGAAUCAAGUGAGCCAAAAAUGGAGUACUCGCAAUGGUACCCUCAAUAUAAUCCUGUUAUUGUGUAUGACUUAGAAACAAAUUCGAAUCCGAAUAUUUGCUCGAUUAUGUAAACUACACUGAUUCGAUAUUCAGAUUUUGGUAAAUUUCUAUGAUUGAUUGAUACAAAUUUUUGCUUAUUGGUUUGUUGUAUUUUCGCA